AACUAAACAAAAAUGAAUUGUGGUUGUUAUAAUUAUUUACAAAACGAUUUACAUAAAUCAAUGUGUUUGAUCUAUAACUGUGUAAACAAAAUAUACCAUAGACUGACCUUAAAAUUCGAUUUUAAAAACAGUGCUUUUCGACAAAAAUUAAAACACGCUGUCGCUGAAAAUGUUCCAAUAAAGGGACUUUCCCUUAACUAUUGUGACGUCAUAAUUCAAUAAAACCAGCCGGCUUCUCUUGGUUGCCAGGUAACCGUUUUAGUGUGAAGUUUAAAUCCCUUUUUAACCCUUUUUAUUGCAGAAUUGUACAAUAAAAGCUUGGAAAAAUACUUUUAAAUGGUAAAUUAAACAAAAAAGCAUAUAGCUGUCAACGAUUUUAAGACAAAGAAGAAUGAAAGUUUAAGCUGAAGAAAAAAAGGUUAAGAACAUAUUUAUUUGCGUUUUGUAUUUUCACCCCAAUUUUUUAGGAAGUCCUUGUUAUAAACAUUCAAGCAGAUGUCUGUCACAUUAUCAACUACUCCUGCUUCUGAUACGGAAAUGACUAUCGAUGGAAACAUUAACCAAACUGAGAAAACACUCACUGAGCUACUGGAUUUAUCACUGGGGACACCAGAGAUAGGAGCAGUCAACUUCAACAUUCUCCACACGCUGUUAGGUUCAAUACUUAACAGGCUUGACCUUCAAAAUGUGGUUACCGAAGUUAGCACGGAUCACCUGCCGGUUGUAAAGUCCAGGUCUGUAGAAGUGCUGGACAAGAAAGUUUCUCAGAUGGAAAAUCGACUCGAAGUUUUGAACCAACUGCCAAGCAAUACAGAGAUAAUUGAAAAAGCGAAGUCUGGUACUGCAAUAAACUCUGCCGCUGAUGUCUGGCAACACUUGCAGUUACAGAAACAAGUAGAAACAAAUGAAACUGGCAUAGAAAAGGCGCUGUCUUUAAUUGAUGACUUGUUGCGUGAAAUUCGAGAUUUGAAAGUAAGACAGGAACAAAUGGAAAAAGACAUGAAACAGUUUACAGACCAGGCAGGGGACUUGAGUUCCAUUAAAUCCAGACUCAAUGCAGUUGAAGCUUAUGAGAAUCGGAUAAAUAAUCUACAAAAACAAGUAGAUGAACUUACUUCAAAAUUAAGCAAAUACCCUGAUGCAAGUGAAUUUGAAACCUAUAUAACAUGGCCAGUACUUGAGGAGGCUUUAAGUCAACAUAUGAAGAAGAUUGAAGAUUUGCAAAGACAGAAAGAUGCAUUGGAUGAAAUCGAAUCUCCUAUACCAACACCUUCCACUUCAAGACCAACGAGCUCAAGACUUAGUUCUGCAAAAGAAAGAUUCCCACAGGCAACUGAGAUGCUGGAAAGAAUUGGAGCAUUGAAUGAUCGCCACAAUGAGCUUGAUGAAAGGGUGGUUGUGUUAGAAGAAACCAUGCCCACCAAAGCGGAUAAAUCGGAUAUGUCUGGCCAGGCAAUACCUGAUGAUAUCUGGGAGCAACUCGCAAAACUUAAAGAGAAUAUUUCAGUGUUUGAAAAAGAUAAAGAAAGGAUGAAUGAAAUGUUGAGAAACCAACAAGAUAGCAUUGAUUGCAUGCUAUCCAUGGGGGGAGGAAGGGAGAGGACAGACGGAGGAGAGAGCUCCGGAUAUGAGUCUUCCGGAGGAUCAGCAGUGGAUGUUAGAAAACUAGAGUUAGCAUGUCAGAGAUUAAGUCAGAAGAUGGGAAACAGUUUUAAGGAGUUACAACAAGCCGAUACUGAGUUAUCGAGCACGAACAAAGAAAUUAAAUCCUCCCUCAAUGAACUAAUGAAGCAGUUUAAGGAUUUGAAAAAACAAAACGAUCAGUUAAAGCAAAACCAGGGAGCACUUGCUCGCAAUCUUAGCGCUCAUAAACCCCAGGAAAAAGGCAGUAGAGAAAUACUUGACGCUCCAGUGCUGACACCAAAACGUAGCACACUGAAGCAGCAGGAAGCAGCUACGAUCACCAACAUUCAGAAUGCUCUGCUCAACCUCCAAGCUGAAAUGGAGAAACUCAACAGACUUGUUCAUUCUGCUAUUGAUGAACACACUGCAAAGCAAAAGCAUAUCGAUGCAUUAUACGGAUACGUUGAGAAACUUGAGGAAAAGAAAGCAGACAAGGAGAAUGUAAAAAUGGAAAUUGACGUUAAAGCAGACAAACGUGCUUUGACAACCAAAGUCAACAGAUCUGACUUUGACACAACGACGAAUGAGAUCACAAAAAAUUUGGAUGAUAUGCUGGAAAAAAUAAUUGGACAGGGCAAUGAUUGGCAGCGUGCGGUAAACAAACUGUCCACAGACGUGGAUGGAAAAUUGGAUCGAAUGGAGUUGGAAUCAUUGAAACAACAUCUUGAAAACAGGUUAAAAGCAAUGCGGAAACUAUUGGAACAACGACCUGUGAAAGAAGGUUAUUCUGAUGGUGAUGACGCAGCUGGAUUCCGUAAACAGCUCAUUCAAAGUUACCACUGUAUAUCAUGUGACAGGCCCGUGGAAAUGGCACCAACAGGACCUGUACCAUCCAUACCAGCUACUGCGGGGCUUCCAGCGACAAAAUCAGUUCGACCGUACACCUCAUUCGAACUUGACCAGAUACGGCAACAGGCACGAGGAAUGCUGAUCGGUAAGAAUGCAGUAAAUUUUCGAGCCGCAUUAGAAGAGCGAGAGAUGGCCAGACUGAGAAAAUUAGAUGAGUUGGCGUUCAGAACCCAUUACCCAACACCAGGGCAAUAUCAGCAGCAAGUUCAUGAAGGAGAGGAAGAAGGAAUGGAAAAUAUGAUUCCCUCUGGUCGGGCAUGCGGGGGUAACUACACACUAACAUACCCUCAUAGGAGAUAUACAAGACUUACUCAUCUAAGUGAACUGUGGCAGGAACAAGAAGAGGUCCUGGAUGUUGGAAGAGAGGAAGUGGAGUUACAAGGACAUGAUGGACACAUCUACAGAGGAAGACUUCCCCAGCUCCCAAUUCCUAUACAGAAUCGUAAGACAAUGUCGCAAAGUGGUGGACCAGGAUAUGAUGGAGCACCACAGCAAUCCAAUAUCUCUCCACGCCCAAGCUCUGCUCGAUUAAACGCUCGCCCGCCGUCUAGCGGCCGCCGUCCGAUGUCUUCUGGAACCGAAAGACGCUCACCGCCUCACAUUUCUCCCGAUCAUUCAAAUAGUCGCAUUUCUGCCACAACGAGUGUCGAGUAACCGUCUCUUCAAACGACCACCCAGCAUUGCCCGUUAAGUGUACCGAAGUAUAUUCAACUCUGUGCCUUUCUGUGUCUAAGCCAUUUUAUUGCGUAGCGCUUGUUCGUAUAUAUAUAUUGCAUGUCCGUCCAAAUAUAGUUGAUCAACGCGUUAGCACUGUUCUUAUACACCAACACUGUUGACUUUGAGUGCCAAUCUCCGUCUUAAUUUUACCAAAAGCAGUUUUAAACUUUUAACCAACAAAUAUCGUUCUUCCAGUGUUUUCUUAUGUUUUUUCUUCUUUAUUGGCCAAACGACCGUCCGAAAAUUGUUGUACCGGUACGAACAAUAACCUCUAUGCUUCAGCCGACGCACGUACCGCAUUAUUUACUCGUUUUGCGUAUGCAAAUAGUAUAUUGUUCUAGGUAAACAAAGUAUAUAUAUUUAUACGUAGUUUUAAGAAGCGUAUGAGUUCUUGUAAUUACUCUGUUUAGUUCGUUCGCAGAAAUAAAGUAUAGAAAAAA